AUGGCUUCUCCAUCGACCCGAGCAAGUCUUAAGGCAGUCAAGAGGAGGGCGCCAUUGGAUAGAACCUCCCUCUCGGAGAUUGUCCACAUCAGAGUCGGUCCAGAGCUGAAGGACUUUGGAGUACACAAGGACCUCAUCUACCACUACUCUCCGUACUUCAAAGCUGUAUUCAAUUCAGGAUUUGAAGAGACCAAGACAGGUGUCAUGAACCUUGCAGAGACCGGUGUCAAGCCAUUCGAGUUGUUCGUGAGCUGGCUCUAUACCCAGUCUGUGUGGAACAACAGUGAUCACGAGGAGACCUGGCCAGAUAUUGAUGAUCUUGUGAAGCUAUACAUCCUUGCCGACAUGGCUCAAGUUCCAUCGCUCAUGAACCAGACUCUGGAUGCAAUGCAAGAUAUUAGCGACCUGAAGACAGAUUUCCCUUCGGUCGGUGUAUUGGCGUUCAUUUGGAACUAUACACUGGACACAAGUCAACUGCGUCGUCUCGUUAUCGACUGGAUUGUUUGGAAUGUGGAUGAAUUCUCGAUUUAUGCGGACUGGGUCAGUGAACUUCCGAACAACUGCAUUCUCGAAGUCCUCAAAGCCGCAGGGAAAAUCACGAAGCGGUACAGGCAAACAGAUGAAGGCUAUAAUGCCAAUCCAUUACUGACAAUGACCAACUACCAUGUUCCUGAGAACGCAGGGAAAGACUCGUCAUAG